CUCAUAUGUCGAGCCAAAGCGCCAAGAGUGACUAACUACUCCGAUCGAACAAUGGCCUUUCACGAGCCGGCCUCUGCUAACUGCGACAUCCGUUUCGUCCUCUCCGUGGCCGUGUUCUUGGCCGUCGCUGCCGCUUCCAGCGUCGUCAGCGUCGACGCUCGGUACGGCGGCGGCGCUGCAGCAGGGCAGUACUGCAGCAGCGUGGAGACGAUCGUGAGCGAGGAGCUCUAUUCCUCCCUGUUUCUGCACAAGGACGACGCGGCCUGCCCCGGCAAGGGAUUCUACACCUACGCGUCCUUCAUCCGGGCCACCAGGAAGUUCCCCGAGUUCGGGGCCACGGGUGAUCUGUGCACGCGCAAGCGCGAGAUCGCCGCCUUCUUCGCGCAGAUCUCCCACGAGACCACGGGAGGCUGGCCUGCCGCGCCGGAUGGCCCCUACUCGUGGGGACUGUGCUACAAGGAGGAGAUCAAACCGCAGAGCAGCUACUGCGACGCCACUGACAAGCAGUGGCCGUGUUACCCCGGCAAGUCCUACCACGGCAGAGGGCCCAUCCAACUCUCAUGGAACUUCAACUACGGGCCGGCAGGGCGGGCCCUGGGUUUCGACGGGCUGCGGAACCCGGAGCAGGUGUCCAACUGCUCCGAUACGGCGUUCCAGACGGCGUUGUGGUUCUGGAUGACGCCUAGGCAGCCCAAGCCGUCGUGCCACCAGGUGAUGGUCGGCGAGUACUGCCCCAGCAGGGCCGACAACGUCGCCAACCGCACGGCCGGCUUCGGGCUGGUGACCAACAUCGUCAACGGCGCGCUUGAGUGCAACAUCACCGACGACGCCCGGGUUAACAACCGCAUCGGCUUUUACCGGAGGUACAGCCAGGUCCUCGGCAUUGACGUAGGGCCUAACAUCGACUGCGCGCACCAGCUGCCAUAUAACUAGCCACUAUAUGCUACUAAGCCUGUCAUUGAUCGAGGUGGUUUGAUCUUAGAACUACAGUCUUGGAGCAUCUUCCAAGGAAAAAUUAUGUAAUGUAAUGUCUUCUUCUUUUUUGCAAUUUCAGCAUUUUUUAAGAGAGGGCUAAUUCUGAAAUUUUGGCCAUAUUAA